UGUAGUUUGUUUAUACCCACCGCCAUCUGUACAUUUUCUUACUCCUUGUCCUUUGCUCUCUUCCACCGCCACUGACCACUGCCGUUUCAAAAGGAAAAAAGUCACUACCCCUUCGUUUCAAGCCAGCAGCCCACUGACUGAGACGAAUACUGCCUAGAUCUGAUUCCACAAACUUCGAAAUCGCUAGCCCCAAGUACGAUCUCGAGUAGGUUCUAGAAAUAGCGACAAUGGCGGCAGUGGAUGCUCGAAAUCCUCUUCUCGUAGACACUACUUGUGGUUCUCUUCUGCAGCAAUUGCAGCAAAUCUGGGAUGAGGUUGGUGAAAAUGACGAGGAACGGGACAAGAUGCUGCUUCAGUUAGAGCAGGAAUGCUUGGAUGUGUACAAGAGGAAGGUUGAUCAGGCUGCUAAGUCUAGGGCACAACUUCUUCAGACCUUGGCAGAUGCCAAUGUUGAACUCUCCAGUCUUAUAUCAGCUCUUGGAGAGAGAAGUUUUGUUGGAAUUCCUGAUAAGUCUUCGGGAACAAUCAAGGAACAACUUGCAGCGGUUGCACCAACACUGGAACAACUGUGGAAGCAGAAAGAGGAUAGGAUAAAGAAUUUUUUUGACGUACAAUCGCAGAUACAAAAGAUACGUGGAGAAAUUGUGGGAACCAGUGGACAAGUAGGGAGUCCUGUAGUUGACGAGGCUGACCUAUCCCUGAAGAAGUUGGAUGAGUUUAAAUCUCAGCUCCAAGAACUGCAGAAGGAAAAGAGUGAUAGGCUGCACAAGGUCCUUGAAUUUGUAAGUACUGUGCACGAUCUCUGUUCUGUCCUUGGGGUGGACUUCUUCAAUACAGUUACUGAAGUUCAUCCAAGCUUAAAUGAUUCAACUGGUGUGCAAUCCAAAAGCAUUAGCAAUGACACGCUAUCUAGGCUGGCUAAGACGGUCUUAGCACUAGAAGAAGAUAAGAAGCGGAGGUUGCAGAAGCUUCAAGAAUUAGCAACUCAGCUAAUUGAUCUUUGGAAUCUGAUGGAUACCCCCCAAGAAGAGCGGAGUAUGUUUGAUCAUGUUACCUGUAAUGUAUCUGCCUCAGUAGAUGAAGUCACAGUACCUGGGGCUCUUGCUCUUGAUUUGAUUGAGCAGGCUGAGGUGGAAGUUGAAAGGCUUGAUCAGCUAAAAGCUAGUAGGAUGAAGGAAAUUGCUUUCAAAAAGCAAGCAGAGCUUGAAGAGAUUUAUGCUCGUGCUCAUGUUGAGAUUGAUUCAGAGGAUGCCCGCGGCAAAAUUAUGGCUCUGAUUGAUUCUGGUGAUGUUGAGCCUUCUGAGUUACUUGCUGACAUGGAUAACCAGAUAGCAAAAGCAAAGGAAGAGGCUCUUAGCAGGAAGGAUAUCUUGGAUAAGGUUGAGAAAUGGAUGUCAGCUUGUGAAGAAGAGAGCUGGCUUGAAGACUACAAUCGGGAUGACAACAGGUAUAAUGCUAGUAGAGGUGCACACUUAAACCUCAAGCGAGCUGAGAAGGCCCGUGUUUUAGUCAACAAAAUUCCAGCUCUUGUGGAAACGUUGGUUGCUAAAACCCGGGCAUGGGAAGAAGAUCGUGGCUUAUCAUUUGCUUACGAUGGUGUUCCUCUACUUGCGAUGCUGGAUGAAUAUGCAAUGCUCAGACAUGACAGAGAAGAAGAGAAACGGAGGAUGAGGGACCAGAAGAAGUUCCAUGAACAGCUAAACACAGAACAAGAAGCAAUCUUUGGUUCAAGGCCGAGCCCAAGCCCUGCUCGAGCAAGUCUCGGUACCAAAAAGGUGGUUGGUCCACGUGCAAAUGGAGGUGCAAAUGGAACUCCCAGAAGAUUGUCUAUGAAUCCUCAUCAAAAUGGUUCGAGGUCCAUAAACAGAGAUGGGAAGAGGGACAGUAAUACCAGGCCUGUUGCUCCCGUCAACUACGUUGCCAUAUCGAAGGAGGAUGCCGCCUCUCACAUUUCUGCCGCCGAGACCGUCCCGGCUUCACCGUAGUAUAAUCGACUGCGAUCUGUUUAGGUUGACAUGCAUGUGAUAUUUUGUUACCGUCAUACUAGCUUUAGUUGCUGCAGUAGGGAAACUGGUUUGAACUGUGAGUAAUAGAGAGUAGAGUUGGACUUGGUGCUCGGGAAACUGGUUUGAAAUGUGAGUAAUAGAGAGUAGAGUUGGACUUGGUGCUCGUAUUAUAUUGCCUUUCAGAAGGUCUUUUUGCCGCUA